AUGGGAUGGAAAAACCUGACCAGCACCUCAGAUUUUGUCCUUUUGGGGCUCUCCAAGCAGCCAGAGCAGCAGGAGGUCCUCUUUGGGCUGUUCCUGUCCAUGUAUCUGGUUACGCUGGCAGGCAACCUCCUCAUCAUUCUGGCCAUCAUCGUUGAUGCUCACCUCCACACCCCCAUGUACUUCUUCCUGGCCAACCUCUCCCUCACUGACACCUGCUUUGUGUCCACCACGGUUCCUAAGAUGCUAGCAAACAUAUGGAUGCAGAAUCACGUCAUCUCAUAUGCAGGAUGUCUAUCACAAUUGUAUUUUUUCAUGCUGUUUGUGAUGCUGGAGGCAUUCCUCUUGGCUGUCAUGGCCUAUGACCGCUAUGUGGCCGUAUGCCACCCACUCCAUUACAUCAUGAUCAUGAGCCCUGGGCUCUGUGUACUCCUCGUGUCUGCAUGCUGGAUUUUGAACGCACUCCACUCCCUCCUUCACACACUCUUGAUGAACAGCCUGUCCUUCUGUGCAGACCAUGAGAUCCCACACUUCUUCUGUGACAUCAACCCCCUUCUGAAUCUGUCCUGCACCGACCCCUUUAUCAAUGAGCUGGUGAUCUUUACCAUAGGGGGUCUCGCGGGCCUGGUUUGUGUGCUUUGCCUGAUUAUCUCUUAUGCAUACAUUUUCUCGGCAAUCCUGAAAAUCCCCUCAGCUCAGGGGAAGCAGAAAGCCUUUUCCACCUGCAGCUCUCAUCUCUCUAUGGUCUCUCUAUUCUUUGGGACUUCCUUCUUUGUUUACUUCAGACCCUCCUCAAAACGCUCAGCACAGAAGGGCACAGUUGCAUCAGUGAUGUACACAGUGGUCACCCCGAUGUUGAAUCCCUUUAUCUACAGUUUGAGGAACAGAGACAUCAAGUCUUCCUUGAAAAAACUAUUUGGGUUAGGAAAAUCCAUGCCUCUUAGUGGUAGUGGCUGCACAUCCAAUAUGGGGGUCUCCAACUAA